CCGGGGCUGCUGCCACCCUCGGGAGCCGAGUGCUGGAACCGUCAGGGUUCCCUUGCGGCACAUCUGGAAUUGCUGGGGAUCCCCUACUGGCACAUCCCCAGCUUUAGGGGAUCCCCAAUUUCCCAGCUGUGCCUCUCCUGCCUCAGUUUCCCCAGAGGGGAUUUUUGGGAGGGAUUGCUGCCGGUUUGGGUGUUUGUUUUUUUUCCCCACGGGAUUCUUCACGGAGCAGGGAAGAGGAAGCGGCUCCGGCGGUGACAAGCUCCAGUUGCUGUGGUAUCCAGGGAGCCCUCCUCCUCCUCCUCCUCCUCCUCCUCCCGCUGCAGGAGCUGCACGCCGGGCGUUGCUAAGGUCGCCUCCGCGGUAACAUGCACAUCCUGUUUACACCUUCAUCCCGACAAGUUGGGCUCGGCUAGAGCCGCCCGUUCCCCCCGGGAAGCCCCCAGGGAAGCCCCCAGGGAAGGGGCCACACGGAGCAUCCCCCCCCGGAGCCACCGGAGCCGCGAGCGAGGCCGCGCCGGGAGCGCCGCGCCGGGGGCACCGGCACCGUGACAAGAUGACGAACAACGUGGCCGACCACCACCCCGGGAACUCGGUGGCCGAGGGCAGCCAUGAGGGGGACUUUGGGUGCUCCUUGGUGGAGCUCAGGAACCUCAUGGAGCUGAGGAGCGCCGAGGCCGUGGCCCGGAUCAACGACUCCUAUGGAGGCGUCCAGAACGUCUGCAAGAGGUUGAAGACGUCGCCGGUUGAAGGCCUGUCUGGGAACCCCACGGACCUGGAGAAGCGGCGCCAGGCCUUUGGGCAGAACUUCAUCCCCCCCAAGAAGGCCAAGACGUUCCUGCAGCUGGUGUGGGAGGCGCUGCAGGACGUGACGCUGAUCAUCCUGGAGAUCGCAGCCAUCAUCUCGCUGGGGCUGUCCUUCUACCACCCCCCGGGAGGGGACAACGAGCUGUGCGGGCAGUCCACGGGCGGCGUGGAGGACGAGGGCGAGUCGCAGGCGGGCUGGAUCGAGGGCGCUGCCAUCCUGUUCUCGGUCAUCAUCGUGGUGCUGGUGACGGCCUUCAACGACUGGAGCAAGGAGAAGCAGUUCCGGGGCCUCCAGAGCCGCAUCGAGCAGGAGCAGAAGUUCACGGUGAUCCGCAAGGGCCAGGUGAUCCAGAUCCCCGUGGCCGAGAUCGUGGUGGGCGACAUCGCCCAGAUCAAGUACGGUGAUCUCCUGCCAGCGGACGGGAUCCUGAUCCAGGGCAAUGACCUGAAGAUAGACGAGAGCUCACUGACUGGGGAGUCAGACCAGGUGAAGAAAUCCAUGGAUAAAGACCCCAUGCUGCUGUCAGGUACCCACGUGAUGGAGGGCUCGGGCAGGAUGGUGGUGACUGCCGUGGGCAUCAACUCCCAGACUGGGAUCAUCUUCACCCUCCUGGGAGCAGGAGGAGAGGGGGACGAGGAGAAGAAAGUGAAGAAAGGUAAAAAAGGUGGAGCCCCCGAAAACCGCAACAAAGCUAAAACUCAGGAUGGUGUGGCCUUAGAGAUCCAGCCCCUGAAGAGCCAGGAGGGGGUGGAGAACGAGGAGAAGGAGAAGAAGAAGGCGAAGGUGCCCAAGAAGGAGAAGUCGGUGCUGCAGGGGAAGCUCACGCGCCUGGCGGUGCAGAUCGGGAAGGCAGGGCUGAUCAUGUCGGCCAUCACCGUCAUCAUCCUGGUGCUCUACUUCGUCAUCGACACCUUCGGGGUGCAGAAGCGGCCCUGGCUGGCCGAGUGCACCCCCAUCUACAUCCAGUACUUCGUCAAGUUCUUCAUCAUCGGCGUCACCGUGCUGGUGGUGGCCGUGCCCGAGGGGCUCCCGCUGGCCGUCACCAUCUCGCUGGCCUACUCUGUCAAGAAAAUGAUGAAGGACAACAACCUGGUGAGGCACCUGGAUGCCUGCGAGACCAUGGGCAACGCCACGGCCAUCUGCUCGGACAAGACGGGCACGCUGACCAUGAACCGCAUGACCGUGGUGCAGGCCUACGUGGGGGACACCCACUACCGCCAGAUCCCCGACCCCGAGGCCAUCCUGCCCAAAACCCUGGACCUCAUCGUCCACGGCGUGGCCAUCAACUCUGCCUACACCUCCAAGAUCCUGCCACCAGAGAAGGAAGGGGGGCUGCCCCGCCAGGUGGGCAACAAGACCGAGUGUGCCCUGCUGGGCUUCGUGCUGGACCUGAAGCAGGACUACCAGGCUGUGCGCAACGAGGUGCCCGAGGAGAAGCUCUACAAGGUCUACACCUUCAACUCUGUGCGCAAGUCCAUGAGCACGGUGCUGAGGAACAGCGGCGGCGGCUUCCGCAUGUACAGCAAGGGCGCCUCUGAGAUCAUCCUGCGCAAGUGCACCAAGAUCCUGGACAAGAACGGCGAGCCGCGCGUGUUCAAGGUGAAGGACAGGGACGAGAUGGUGAAGAAGGUGAUCGAGCCCAUGGCCUGCCACGGACUCAGGACCAUCUGCCUGGCAUUCCGGGACUUCCCUGCGGGUGCAGAGCCCGACUGGGACAACGAGAGUGAAAUCCUGUCUGACCUGACCUGCAUCGCUGUGGUGGGGAUCGAGGAUCCCGUACGGCCCGAGGUGCCCGAUGCCAUCCUGAAGUGCCAGCGUGCCGGCAUCACCGUCCGCAUGGUGACAGGGGACAACAUCAACACUGCCCGUGCCAUCGCCACCAAGUGUGGCAUCCUGCUGCCCGGGGAGGACUUCCUGUGCCUCGAGGGGAAGGAGUUCAACCGCCUGAUCCGCAACGAGAAGGGAGAGGUGGAGCAGGAGCAGCUGGACAAGAUCUGGCCCAAGCUGCGGGUGCUGGCACGUUCCUCUCCCACAGACAAGCACACCCUGGUGAAAGGAAUCAUCGACAGCACCGUGGGUGACCAGAGGCAGGUGGUGGCUGUGACAGGGGACGGCACCAACGAUGGCCCAGCCCUGAAGAAAGCAGAUGUUGGGUUUGCCAUGGGCAUCGCGGGCACGGACGUGGCCAAGGAGGCCUCGGACAUCAUCCUGACCGACGACAACUUCACCAGCAUCGUCAAGGCCGUCAUGUGGGGCCGCAACGUCUACGACAGCAUCUCCAAGUUCCUGCAGUUCCAGCUCACCGUCAACGUGGUGGCCGUCAUCGUGGCCUUCACCGGUGCCUGCAUCACACAGGACUCGCCCCUGAAGGCCGUGCAGAUGCUGUGGGUGAACCUGAUCAUGGACACGUUCGCCUCGCUGGCGCUGGCCACGGAGCCGCCGUCGGAGUCGCUGCUGCUGCGCAAACCCUACGGGCGCAACAAGCCGCUCAUCUCCCGCACCAUGAUGAAAAACAUCCUGGGCCACGCCGUCUACCAGCUCACCAUCAUCUUCACCCUGCUCUUCGCAGGGGAGAAGUUUUUCGACAUCGACAGCGGCCGGAACGCGCCCCUGCACUCUCCCCCCACCGAACACUACACCAUCGUCUUCAACACCUUCGUGAUGAUGCAGCUCUUCAACGAGAUCAACGCGCGUAAGAUCCACGGCGAGAGGAACGUCUUCGAAGGCAUCUACCGCAACCCCAUCUUCUGCUCCGUGGUGCUGGGCACCUUCUUCGCCCAGAUCAUCAUCGUGGAGUUUGGUGGGAAGCCCUUCAGCUGCUCUGGGCUCACCCUGACCCAGUGGUUCUGGUGCAUUUUCAUUGGAGUGGGAGAGCUCCUGUGGGGCCAGCUGAUCUGCACCGUGCCAACGAGCCACCUGAAGUUCCUGAAGGAGGCUGGGCACGGCAUCACCAAGGAGGAGAUCCCCGAGGAGGAGCUGCCCGAGGACGUGGACGAGAUCGACCACGCAGAGAUGGAGCUGCGGCGGGGGCAGAUCCUGUGGUUCCGGGGCCUCAACAGGAUCCAGACCCAGAUGGACGUAGUUUACACAUUCCAGACCGGCGCCUCCUCUUUGCAGGGAGCCCUCAGGAGACAGCCUUCCAUCGUGAGCCAGCACCACGAUAUCAAAGUGGUGAAUGCGUUCCGUAGCUCGCUCUACGAAGGCCUCGAGAAACCCGAAUCCAGAAGCUCCAUCCAUAACUUCAUGACUCACCCAGAGUUCAUCCUGGAGGAAGACGAGCCUCGGACACCAUUCCUUGACGGCGCCGAAGACGAGCCCGAGCCUGAGGGACUCCAAAAGCGAGGUGGGGGCAGCCUGGGGGGCUCCACGGCCCUCAACAGGAACAACAACGCCGUGGACAGCGAGUUCAGCUUCCCCGAGCCCGGGAGCCCCUUCCACAGCCUGGAGACCUCAGUUUGACCUUAGAACUUGGAGUUUCCCCCUCCUCCUCCUCCUCCUCUUCUUCCUCGUCCUCAUCCACCUGGGCCCUGUGUGAUCCCAGCACCAGUAACUGAUCACACUGCUGCGGUCAAACUGCUCAUGCCUGUAUCAUCAUUGAGGGGUUUUUUGGGGGUGGGGUUGGGGGUUUAAUGUGGUUUUUUUUCUUUUUUUUUUUGGUUAAUUUUGUUGGGUUUUUUUACCGUUAUUUAGCAGUGGGAACCAGAGUACCACCAAGCUGGGUGUUGGGAGAGAGGUUAAGCCAAAAAAAAAAACCAAAACCAAACCAAUUGUGCAUCUCCAUCCCCGAUUUUCCGUGGUACUCACCCAGGGGAAGCUGCCAGGUUCUUUCCUCUCCAAGAGUUGGGUUUUUCACUUGGGGUUUUCACUUUGGAGAAAUGCAUGUUCCAAGGAAAUUCAAAUUGUUGUAGUCUUACACUCCCUCAGCCCUGAGGCUGGGGAUGCACUUGUGACUUGAUUUUAUUUUUCUUGUGUUUUUAGGGUUUUUUCCACAUGUGGUUUUUAGGGGUUUUUUCCUUCUAAUGUUGGGGUUUGCUCUUUGCUUGUGGGAUUUUCCCCCCUACCCAAUGGGAAGUGGGGAGGGGGAGUCACUGCUCCAGUGCAGAAAUUAAGGAAUAAACUAAAAAAUCCCAGCCAGGGGAAGGUGUUUACUGCAAGGUUCAGAGAUCCAGGGAUGCCCACCAGUCUUCCACCUUUGAAAAAUGGUACCCGGGCUUCUUCCAGCUCCCCCUCUGUGUGUGCCCACACGUUUUCCUCUCUCUGUUUCCAAACUGGGAGAUGAGAAAUGAAGGGAUAAAUUCUGAUUUUCCUGCAAAGGUGGAGGUGAAACUGCCAGGGUAAAGGUGGGGAGAACCCCCAGGCUGUGAGGGAUGCAGCUUCUUCCUGAGGAAUUCUCUUCUCCUCCUCUAGGAGAGGCCUCUCUGCUGCUCUUGCUCAGGGGGGAAACUCCUGGAGGAUUUUUGCAGCUCUCCAGCUCCUGCCCUCCAGAACAGAGGGAUUUUUGCCUUUUUCUGUGUUUUUGGGGUCCCCUCAGCCUCACAGGGAUCUGGGAGGAGGCUCCAGCCAUGCCCAAAAGCCAUGGGAGGAUGAGUGGGGAUCUCCUGAAUCCUGGGAAGGAUCACCCCAGCUGUCUCCUGGCCCAGUGGAAGGCAGGGAUGCCCCUGGAUGAUCCCAGAUUUUCCUGGAGUUUGGUUUGGGUGCCUGCAGGUCUCCCUGAGGAGGCUUGGCCUCACUUGGCUGCUUCUUUUGGAGCCCUUGAGCCCUUCCUCACCUCCAGCCCUGGGGACAACCCAGUGAGAGUCCCUGUCCUUGGAAUGGGCUCUGGAUUGUCCCUCUGGCCAUCCCUGGAGCUUGGGGGAAGCUCUGCCACCUCUCUGCUCUCCUCCAUCUCCUUCCCUUGAGCCCUUCCUCACCUCCACCCCUGGAAUAACCCAGUGAGAGUCCCUUGAAGGUGGCUCUGGAUUGUCCCCCUGGACAUCCCAGAGCUGGAGGCAGGGCUUGGGCUUCUCCUCCACUUGGAGGAAGCUCUGCCACCUCCCUGCUCUUCUCCAUCCCCUUUCUUUGAGCCCUGUCUCACCUCCAGCCCUGGGGACAACCCAGUGAGGGUCCCUUUCCUUGGAACUGGCUCUGGAUUGUCCCUCUGGACAUCCCAGAGCUGGAAGCAGGGCUUGGGUUUCUCUUCCUCCUGGGAGCCUCCUCCAUCCCCUCCCUUUGAGCCCUGGGAACAGCCCAGUGAGGGUCCCUUUCCUUGGAAUUGGCUCUGGAUUGUCCCUCUGGCCAUCCCUGGAGUUGGAAUCAGGGCUUGGGCUUCUCCUCUUCCUGGGAGCCACCUCCCUCCAUCUCCCCGAGCCCUCCCUCACCUCCAGCCCUGAGAACAACCCAACAAGAGUCUCCCUUUCCUUGGAAUUGGCCCUGGAUUGUCCCUCCCUCCAUCCCUGGCUUCUCCUCCCCUUGGGAACCUCCCUGCUCUCCUCCAUCCCCUCUGGCUGAAGGAAGCAGACCAAACAAGCUGGAAACGAGGCGAUUCCCAGCCCUGGAUUCCAAACCCUGAGGGUUUUCUUGUUGGUUUUUUUUUUUUUGGGGAAAGGCUGGUUCUGGCCGGGUUCUCCUCCCCUGCCCCACCAGGAACGCACAGCGGAAUCUCCCGUGCCUUGUCCGAGCACUGCCUGCAGCACCUCCUGCCACGCCAGGCCCAGAUCUUUGCCAAGAUUUAAGUGUUCCUUAAACCACAAACACAAACCAAGUGUCUCUGUGUCCUUCCCUGGGCUGGGAGGAGGAGGAGGAGGAGGAGGAGGAGGGAAGGAUGAGCUCCUUUUUCCUGCUGAGGAAAGGUCUUUAUCUCAAAAAUCCCAAAUAUCCUGAAUAACCCACCCUGGUGCUGGCGAGCUGGGCUUUGUUCACUGCCAACAGCAAGAAGAAAUUGCCACCACUGCCCGUCCCCAGUGCAAAUUCAGUGUCCACCCCAUGCCUGGCUCCUCCUUGCCUCCCUCCCCACAAAAAAAUAACCCAGGGGAGUGAGGGGAUGUUGGGUUAAACACACACAAAAAAAAUCCCCAAACGAGGGGUGGUUGUGGGGUUUUGGUUCUGUGCUAAAGGUGACGUUGCUUAAAAAAAAAAACCUAAAAAAAAAAUUCACUUUUUCUAUUUUAAAUACUUACAAAAAAAAACAAAAAAAAAACAAAAAAAAAAAGGAGAAGAUAUGGUGUUCUUACAAGCUUACAUAAAUAUUUAUUAAAUACUUUUUGGGGGGAUGCACCAAUUUUUUUUUUUUCAUUUUGAUAUUUUUUUUAAUACCUCAGACCUGUUGAAAAAAAGAAAUAAAAAAAAAAGGACUCAAACCAACAACAACUUCAAGCCAAUUUUGGAGGCUCUCAAAGUCACUCCCAGAAAUCUGUGACUGGCAGGGUUUGCCACAAAGGGUCUGGUCGUUCCUUUAGUUUGUUUUUCCUCUAUUUUUGUCGUUCUAGUUUCCAUUUUAGGAGUUGGGGGGGGGGGGGAGGGAGAACUAAUGCUAUAUAAAUAUUAUGCAAAAAAAAGAAAAAAAAAGGAAAAAAAAAGAAAAAAAAUCUAGUUUUCUUUAGCUCAGAAACUGAUAUUUUUACGUCAGCCAUAUGUAUUUUGUUUAAAGAAAAUAAAGAAAAUAAAGAGAUCUCGAGUCCCCGCUGCUGCUUGAGGGCAGUUGCAAGGGACACUUUAAUUAAUUCCGUGGAUUAAUUAAUUCAGCCAUCGGAUGCCAGUCAGCUUCCUUUUCUCUGAGCAGCCAUCUUUCUACUAGCCGUGAGUUGGAUGACACAAAUGGGGUUUUUUUAUAUAUAUAAAUAUCUAUAAAUUAUGUUGGUGUAUGGCUGGUUGCUUCAAGUAUAAAUGUUUCUUGUGCAGAUUUCCUGUAAAGUUUUGUUUUUUUGGGUUAAGUUUCAGUGAUAUCCUGGCAGCAGCUGACUCUUGGCUUAAGUUAUUGAGGACAUUACACAAAAAAAAAAAAAAAAGAAAAAAAGAGAUUUGGGGGAGAUUGGUGCUCCAAAAACAAAGGCAUGGUCGGCGGCACGGACUUUUGGGGACUUUCUGCAACAUGCCUUGACUAGGGGGAGAUAUAAAUAUCCAUAUAAAUAUAUAUUAUUAUGAAUAAUUUCUGGGGUUUUUUUGCUUUGUUUGAACUGCCACGAGUGCGCGCGGAGCAGGGGAGGGCCGGCAGGAAGCAAAGCCACCCCCUCCCUCCUCCUUGUGAUCAACUUGCCUUGGAAUGCUUUGUUAUUAAAACACUCUGAACAUCCUUCUGCAUCCAGUUCUUGAUCCCAGCAGGGCGGAUUUGCGGAUUUUCCGUGGAUUUUCUGUGGAUUUUCCGUGGAUUUUCCGUGGAAUUGGCGGAUUGGUACCAAAGACACCACGGCCUGUGCGUGGCUCGCUGGCCAGGCAGCUCUUGAGGUUUUCUCCUGCUGAGGUUUUUUUAUGAUUUGCACAGGGAGAAGGGUGUGGGGAGGGGGUUUAAUUUCUUUUAUUUCUUUCUUUUUUUUUAUUUUUUCCCAAAGGUUUUCCGUGCAAUAAAGUGAAAUUUUCCAAGCGAUCUCAAGAAGGAAAUAAACUAAACCGCGUUUGAGCAUGGGCGCCGUUUUCCCCCUCACGCCUGGGCCUGGAGGCCUCAGCUCCUCUCUGAGGGGAAAAAAACCUAAACUGGGAAAAAAUCCCAUCCCAAAUGCCCAAAGGGCAUCUCCAGGUGCCACUGCCAGCUCCUGGCACCUCUGGCACCACCUGAGAAGGUUUUUAUCCCUCUGUGGGCACACCUGGGUCUGCAUGGCUUCUGCUCCAUCGCCAACCCCCUGAGCCCAAAACGCCACCUGCACCCCCAAAUCUCCCCUGGGGCCCUUGCUCAUUUUCCUUCUCCUUUUCCUGCUCCUUUUCCUUCUCCUUUUCCUGCUCUUUUUCCAUCCAAACAAGAUUUGUUUCCCCCCCAAACAGGGAUUUUGCCAUUUUUUCCUCUCCAGCAUCCCCCCCUCACCCCAACUCUGCUCUCCCCAAACUCCCCAAUUUUCAUCCAGCAAAACCCAUGGUUAAAACUGCCUUUAGUUUAUUUCCUCCCCUUCAAUAAAUAUAUAUAUAUAUACAGUCUGAACUCAACAUUUAUGUGUGUGUAUAUAUAUUUAUCCAAUGCUCUCACAAAACAAAAAAAAACUUUCUUUUGAAGAGGGCACGUGGAACCGAGUUUUUCUUUGUUUUUUUUUUUUUUUCCAGUAACUCAGUAUAAUAAGCACUGGUAUUUUUGUAUAAAAAAACAGGAGAGAGAAAAAAGAAAAAAAAAAAAAAACAACCAAAAUACAAAACAAAAGACUGAAUAUUAUGUGGUAUGCAUGACAUUAAAAAACAAAACAAUGGUGGUUUCAAAGCAAUAUGUACCCUGGUGUGUUUGCCAUAUCCUAGAGUCCAGCUUAAAGUGCACCUGAUCUGUAUUGCAUUUUGAUAUUAAUCUCUAUGUACAAUGUUUUGCAUGUAAUUUAUAUGGAUCUUGGGAGAAAAAGAAAAAAAAAGAAUCUGAAUGAUUUGUCCGUUGGCUUCCUCUGAGAAAAGAAACUCCAAGCAGAGCUAAAAGUCCAAAAUGGAAGCAGCAGAGUGCUUGAGGGGUGGGAAAAUGGGUGCAGUAAGAAAAAAGAAAUGAAGAGGGAGAAGGGGAGUGGUUUGGAAUCAAUAAAGCUUUUGGCUGUUGAGCAGAAA